UCAAUACCUGAACACUUUGAGCUACAUACUUGGCAGAUGCAGCCUUUUCUAAAUAAAAUAAAAUAAAAAUAAAAAAACUUGGCAGAUGCAGCUGUGUGACUGUGUGAGUGAGGCCAGCGAAGUAGCGAACGCAUUGGGCCGUUGGCGAGGAAAGCAACCGAACCGCCGCCCUCUUCGUUCCCCUUCCGAAACCCCUAGCUCGUCCCAGACUCCCAGCGAGCCGCCCCGAGGAGACAAUGCCGCCAGGAGGAGGCGACCAUGGCCGCACGGAGCACCACCACCCGCCGGCGAGCGGCCGCGACGAUGACGCCCCGCCCCACCCCCAGCCGUUGUUCCCCGCCCCUACCGAGGAAGCGUUCGAGAUUUCGAAGAAGAAGAAGCUGGAGGAGGAGGAGGAGUACCUCCCAGAGAAUGCCCUAUUCGAGAUCCUGUCGCGGGUGCCCUACAAGUCGCUCUGCCGCUUCAGAAGAUUCCACCUGGAAACCGGACGAUGGACUGCAAUGCAGAACAAGUUGGCGCAGGAGAUUGUUCUUCUUCGUGAGCCACCGUGUGUAUUCCUGAAUGGCAUCAUGUAUUUGAGUAGCCUUGAUUGUCGGAUAAUCAUGGUCGAUAUCGAGAGGAAGACUUGGAGGGAAAUCGAGUGGUUAGUGGACAUGGCGCACAGAACUGAGAUUGUUACCAUUGGGCAGUCUCUGGGCAUCUUGCAUGCUUGGCUAACAUAUAAGGACAAUGGUUCCUCCCAAGUCCAACUCUAUGUUUGGGUCCUUGAGGAUAUUGCAAGUCGGAGGUGGACCCUAAAGCAUACUGCUACCAACAUUCUGGAACUGUUUGGGAGGGAGUGUUACAACGAUGAAGAGUCCUUUAGGGCGUUUGCAAUUCAUCCAGACCGUAAUUUGAUUUACAUUACUGAUUAUGGAUAGUCAAGAAGUGCAGGUGAUGUGCACGGCUGAAGAACUCUGGUGGGGUGUACCGUAUACUCCUUGUUUUGCAGAAUGGUCAUCAGGUGGUUGUAACUAAAAGUCAGCGCAGCUUCAUAUAGAGUCAGUGGUGCCUCUAUGAAAAUCAGUUCUUGGGUAUGGGCUUAAUCUCCUGGUUUCGAUACACUGGCUUUGAUAUGUCACUACUCUUAUGUAUUGUCCACUUCUCCUAUCUGUUGGUGUUUGUGUACAUACCUUUCUGUGGCUGUGAACAAUGCUAGUUAGCUGUGGAGAAUUUGUAAGGAACUUGUUUGAUCAGUUAUACACGAAUUAGAUGAACCCGGUCAGUCAGUUAAUCUAUUUGCUUCCAUAUGUGCUAACUGUUUAGGCCAUUUUCAUGCAAGUCUUGGGCGUGCAAUUUGCUUUCCAUUGAUAAAUAUUCAUAUUACGCUCUUUUUCUGCAUUUGGAAUUGUAACUCUCUCAUUUGUUUUAUUUGAAAUGGUUACUCUUUUGCACCAAAUAUUAUUGUGGAUGGACCUUUGGAUAUUGCUGUAUAUAUAGAAAGGGUAAAGAAAUCUGCACGGUGAAGGUGUCAAUCAAUAUGCAGAUUAACAGAGCUAGAGAAUAUAGCUCUUCUCUUUAUGUUUUGUGGGGAGGAUAACUUGGGGUAGCAAAUAACUUAAUUAUAUGUUUGUAGUUUAGACUGGGUAAUACGACAUAAGUUCACCAGAUAUUCUUGUUGUAAUUAAGCUGUCCAUGUACCAUUCUUUUCUACUUGAAUUCUGACAGACCAUAGUAUUCACUUACUGAAUCUCUUCGCCACUACCUAGCUAGCAUUCUUAAUUGUGUAUUGAUGAUAUCCUAAUGCACAAGUUGAGUUCUUUAGUAAUUUUCAGUUGAUGGUUUGAAUCUGAGUUGAUUCUUUACAAAUACGGCUAUGUUUCUUUAAUCUGAAAAAAUAGGAUUCAGGAUGUAUGUCGCAACACCAGUACUACCUGUAGCUUUCUAGCAUGCACUGGGUAGCUCAAUAGAAUUUUAACAAAAUCUUUUUUUUCUAGAAUUCGUCGAGAAUGACGUAUCAUUGUUUAUAGAAAGAAGCUGCAAAGAAGCAGUAUUAGAUGUUUACAAGGUUGAUUAUCCCAUAUCUCUCCACAUUUCCCCACUAACAACAUCUAAUGGAAGAUUGAAAACAUUGUUCUCACUAAACAGUUUAGCUAGGGCCAAAAUCUUCCAUUCAGCAACCACCUCCGCAAGACCCCUAGCAUGAUUAGGAACUUUCUUGUCGAAAACAAUGCCGUUUCUGUGUUUCCAGAGCGUCCAGCUGAAGAGGGUAACAAUGGUGGCCAGAUCUUUCCUUGCUCUGCCUUCAAGCUGAAUGAGAGACCACCAUUCUGUCAUGGACGAGGCCGCUGUUGGCAUCCAUUCUUCUUUCCCCCAGAAGGGACCAAUCCACGUUGCUCCGCGAAGAAGAAAAGCUAGGUACCCGAUGGGAUUCCUGAUCGGAAUGAGCAACUAGUUUGUUGUUAGUGUCACAUAGGAUUUUUGUCCGCACGGAGCGUCUGGCCCUUGCUCUUUAGGGAAAAUGAUCCUAGCCGAGGGACGGGGUAGAUCGAGGUAUUAUUGAGGAGACAAGUGUUUGCUCGCGCCACAGAGAGGGAGAUUAAAAACUCGUCAAAAAAAACAAGAUCAGUCACGACUUGGCACUUUAUGCAAGGUCUAGCCAGCACACGGCAUAUGCAGUUUGAGGAGUAGUGCCUUGGCCGGACAUGGAUUCCGCUGAUGUAACCUUUGUUUUUUUUUCUUAACAAAAACUGAUGUAACCUUUGUUUGAUCGAUGAAAUAUCCUUUUCUCCAAA